AUGACGAACCCGGCGGCUGCCAUCGCCCAGGUCGCCCAUGGGCCCAGUCUGGCUGGGAUUUUCAUGAACAUCAUGCUUUACGGGGUGAUGAUCUCGCAGUCAUUCUUUUAUUUCUCAACGUACAAGAGGUCAGUCGACAUCCUCAUUGACAUCAAUGCCCCGCACUCAGAACUUGUCAGCGACCCCAAAUGGCUGAAAUGCUAUGUGGCACUGUUGCUCCUCGCCGACACGUUAAACUCCAUCUUCAAUAUGUGGUGGAUCUAUAACGUGCUCAUCAACAACUUUGGCGACGUUGCUGCGCUUGAGAAUGCAGACUGGUUAUUUGAGACAGAGGAAGCUCUAGCGGGGAUCAUUGCCAUGAUUGUCCAAAUGUUUUUUGCAUGGCGAAUCCUCCGGCUGACGCGGAACUACAUCGCCGUCGCAGUCAUCGUCGCGGCGUCUCUGGUCGGCGGACGCAUCGGUACGGCGAUAGCGGUGGCUAUGCGGCCGGCGUUUGCAGGCUUCCAGCACCUAAAGGUCAUCGUGAUCUUGUGGCUCAUGGGUGCCGCCGUAUGCGACGUCCUCAUCACGCUAGCGCUCUCGUGGCACCUGCGACAACAACGGACUGGCUUCAGCCACACAGACACUAUCAUCUCCAAAAUCAUCCAGCUGACUGUGUCGAAUGGCUUGGUCACUGCUGGCUUCGCUGUGGCUGACAUCGUCGCGUUCCUCUCUACGCCCCGGGGUAUCCAUGUAGCGUUCAACUACGCUCUCGUCAAGCUAUACGGCAACUCCAUGAUGUCAAGUUUGAACUCGCGCACGUUGCUGUCGACGUCGGACAAGAGCUACUCUGGCGGCAAGGACCCCACAAUCUCCGGCAGGGUGAGCGAGAGCGGCGGGUUGAUGAGCCUGAGGAGUCCGCCCGCUAACGCGACGACGUUCUCUCAGAACACCGAUAUCAGCGGCAUGAUCACUAACCACAGCAGGAUAUCAACGCGACCAGCACAGCUCGUCGUCAACGUGGAGACGCACGAGCUCGUCGACGUCUCGGGUCCGAAUGCAAAAUCCGACCCAGAAUGGGCCACUGAUCACUACAGCGGGAGCGGGAGCGAACGGGACAUCGACAUGAAGGAUGCGCACGCGCUAUAG